AUGAUUAUUUCAAUAUUUAUAAUAAUAUUUAUUUUUAUUAAUCCUGUUGAUAAUAGUCAUUUUCGUGGAGGAAUGAUUAGUUGGCGACGAGCAACUAAUCAAAAAUCUAUAUUAAAUACAAUGAAUACAAUUAUUAUUGAUCAACGAUAUGCAUGGUCUAAAAGUGCUGCAGCUAGUGCAUGUACAAGUUCAACAAUUUUAUCAUUUGGAUUGAUCGGAGAAACUGUUGUAUCUGCUCUUAAAUGUAAAUCAUCUUUAGCUACAUGUACAAAUGCACAAUAUACAACUGAUAUUUCUACUUAUGUUCCAUGUACUGAUUAUAAUACAGCUUUGGGAAUGUCUUUUGGUUAUAGUUCAACAACAGUAAAUCUUACUGUAUUAUCGACAGGUAUUGUGCUUGGAUAUGUUGUCACUGGUGCAUGGCUUACAUUACAAUUAGGUAGUGGCGGUUGGAGUAUGAUGACAUAUAUAAAUAUGAAACCACGUGUAGAUAAUGAUUUAAUUAAUAGUUCCCCAACAUCGAGUAUAUCAUCGAUAGUUUAUGUACCUGCCAGUUCUAGUCUAUCAACUUCAAUUGAUAUACCAAUGAAUGAUGUUGAUGGAGAUGAUAUUGAAUGUCGUUUUGCAAAAUCAUCAAAUAUAUUAGGUGGAAUUACUGUUGAUGAAUGUAAUGAUGUUUGUAAAUCAUUAGCAUUACCUGCAUCAACACAAUUAAUAUCAGGCAAUAAUACAUGUACACUUAUUGUUACUUUACCUUCAAUUGGUUAUUAUGCAGUAGCUAUUCAAUUAGAAGAUUUUAUUGCAAGUACAACAACAUCUCUUAGUUCUGUUCCAUUACAAUUUCUUCUUCUUGCAUAUGAUGCUACAAAUCCAACAUCGACUUGCACAAAUAUACCUGUCAUAACAAGUAUUCCACCAGAUUUACCAUUACCGGGUGAUACAAUUACUGUUCAAGUAACGGUUCUUUAUACAGCAAUGGUUAUUGCACAAAGUGGUUGUCAAAAUGAUACAGAUACAAGUAUAACAAAUUUUAUGACAUCAAGUCCACCUGGAAUGUUAAAAUCAAAUCUUCCAUUUGCUUUAACAUCUACAUCUUAUGCUAUUAGUCUUACAUGGACACCAACAAUGGCUCAAUUAGGUAAAACAUAUAUGUUUUGUGCUGAAGCUGUUGAUAGUAAUUAUUAUUCAUCGAAUCAAUAUUGUUUCAAUUUCUUUGUUGGUCCUAAAACAACGACAACAACUACAACGACAACAACAACAUCAACUGAAAUAUCAACAACAACAACAACAACAACCACAACAACAACAUCAACUGAAACAACAACAACAACAUCAACAACAACACCAACUACAACAUCGACUACAACAUCAUCAACCUCAACAAGCUCAACAACAAUAACUUCAACAACAACAACUACAGUUACAACAACAACGUCGAUAACUACGACAUCUAUCAUAACAACUGAUGCACCAUAUAACUGUAUUCCAUUAGAAAUCGCAUUAGGUCUUGGACUUGGAUUACCAUUAUUAUUUUUAUUAAGUUGUCUAGCAUUAUCUUAUCUAUGUCGAUGUUGUCCUGAUCCUUUACGAUCGAUUCUUCGAUCUCGUUAUGGUUAUCAAGAAGAUAUGCAUUGUAAAUGUUGUCAACGAUCAAUUCUUAAUGAUGAUUAUCAAAAAUUAAAUGAAUCAAAAGCAACAAUACCUAAAGAUAUACGUCAAUAUCGACAACAAUAUUUGAACACCAAUGAUAAUCGAUUACCAAGUCCAUCAACAGAUUCAUAUUUAGAACGUGAAUAUAUUUCAUUACAUAAUUUAUCUAGUUCAAGUUCGAGAUCAACUUCAUCUGCUCCAACACGAACAAUAAUAACUUCAUUAUGUUCACCUUCAAUAAAUAUUCUUCCUACAGAAAAUCUUUCACGUACUCCAUCAGCAUCUCAUUCAAAACUAAGAUAUUCUAGUUCGAUUUUAUCACGACUUUAUUCGAAACAAAUUCAGCCACUGUAA